AUGGUCCAUCUCGCAGCAAUUCGAAAGGAAUCGGCGGUCCUGCCGAUUCGACAAAUCCAGCGUAUCGAAACUAUCCCGCUCGAGGAGCCUCAGGAACAUGAUUUUUAUUCCAGCGUCUAUGGCUCUCGGUUCGCGGCAGAGGACUUGCCUACGUUGGAGAUGCCAGAGAAAGAGAUGCCCAAGGAGGUGGCGUAUAGAAUGAUCAGGGACGAAUUGAGUUUGGAUGGGAAUCCGAUGUUGAACUUGGCAAGCUUCGUUACCACCUACAUGGAGGAAGAGGCGGAGAAGCUCAUGACCGAAUCGUUCAGCAAAAACUUCAUCGAUUAUGAGGAAUAUCCGCAGUCUGCAGAGAUCCAGAACCGCUGUGUGAAUAUGAUCGCCCGCAUGUUCAAUGCUCCUGGCGAGGAUUCUCCAGAACAUGCGAUGGGAACAUCAUGUAUCGGUUCUUCGGAGGCUAUAAUGCUGGGCACACUUGCCAUGAAAAAGCGCUGGCAAAACAAGCGAAAAGCAGAGGGAAAGGAUUACUCACGCCCCAAUAUCGUCAUGAGCAGCGCCGUUCAGGUCUGCUGGGAAAAGGCAGCUAGAUAUUUCGAAGUUGAGGAGAAAUUUGUCUAUUGCACGACCGAAAGAUACGUCAUCGACCCGGAGGAAGCUGUAAACCUCGUGGAUGAGAAUACCAUUGGCAUUUGUGCAAUUUUAGGUACUACUUACACCGGCCAGUAUGAGGAUGUACAAGCAAUCAACGAUCUUCUUGUCGAACGUGGCAUCGAUUGCCCCAUUCACGUUGAUGCUGCCAGCGGUGGAUUUGUUGCUCCCUUUGUAAACCCGAACUUGGAAUGGGAUUUCAGACUUGAGAAAGUUGUCUCUAUUAAUGUCUCCGGACACAAGUACGGCCUUGUUUACCCCGGUGUUGGAUGGGUGGUCUGGCGUUCUCCGGAAUAUCUCCCUAAGGAGCUCGUUUUCAACAUCAACUACCUCGGCGCCGAUCAAGCUAGCUUCACCCUUAAUUUCUCCAAAGGUGCUUCGCAAGUCAUUGGUCAAUAUUAUCAAAUGAUCCGCUUGGGAAAACGAGGCUACCGCUCCAUAAUGAUCAACCUUACACGCACCGCUGAUUAUCUUGGAGCUGCCCUGAAGGAACUGGGGUUCAUUCUCAUGAGCGAUGGUCGCGGGCAUGGCUUGCCCCUUGUUGCCUUCCGCCUUUCAUCCAAGCAGGGCUUUGAGUUCGAUGAGUUUGCGCUUGCACAUCAGCUUCGGGAACGUGGCUGGGUGGUACCUGCGUACACUAUGGCGCCACAUAGCGAGCAGUUGAAACUCAUGCGUGUUGUUGUUCGAGAGGAUUUCAGUAGAAGCCGCUGCGACCUGUUAGUCGCGGAUAUUAAGCUUGCGUUGACACACCUGAGCGAGAUGGAUCGGAAGGCCAUGGACAAAUAUAAGCUCCAUGUACGCCAACACGUUUCCAAUGUCGGCAAAGCCACCCAUAACCCCCCGAUUUACAAGGAUGAUGAUCACUCGCUGCAAGGAAAGACCGGGAAAACUCACGCCAUCUGUUAA